GGGGGCACAUUACAAUUUACAAGAAGGAAAAUAUAUGUAUGGCAAUAUGGCAUGGUGCUACGCACUGUGGUGUUUGAGGCACAACACUGCCACCCGCUGACCAAUUGGAACAGUAACCAGCCAGAGACAUUGGUCUGAACCCAAAAAGAUUUCAUGAUUCAUCACCAGACAUUAGCACAGUUAUCAAAACUCAAAAAAGUGCAGCUAAGCCUACAAUAUCCUAUAUCCCCUCUUGCAUAUCCCCGGGGGAACGACCUUCUUUUAAAUGUGUGUGUGUGUGUGAGAGAGAGAGAGAGAGCAGCAGCAGCAGCAGCUUGAGGGUCUGAAACGUGAGAAUUUCUCCGAAAAGGCGGAUUAGCUUGUUCUGUUAGUUCCAGAGACUACCUAGAGAUUUCGGUUUGCUUCCCAUUUUCAAAUUAUUUUGUGCAUGCCUUUAAUUUUAAGAAAAAGGGGUGCUUGAAAUGAAGGACACAGUUUGAAUCUCUGAGGAUAUGUUCCAGAUUCCAAGCCAAAGGGUCUCUCUGUAUCUGGAAUGCUUGUUCAAAACUCUCAAGGAAGGGAUAUCAUAUACAUAUGGAUCUCAGAGAAGAAAGCUCCCGGUUUGCGUCGUUAGCAACCACAACUUCAAGGAAUUUGUCUUCUUCAUCUUCUACAUUCUUUUCAGCAAAUCAGUCCCCGUUCUUCUCACCUCGGUCACCCACGAGUCAGUUAUCUGAACAAGUGCGGUCCAACGUUCUCGGCGAUGGUAUUCAAUUAAAUGAUCCGAUUUGUUCCAGCUCAGGAAUUCCAGACCCUGAAUCUCUUCGGAAUACUAGAUUUAAGUUGUCAGACUUUCCAACAUCCCCGGUUGCUUGUGUUUCAAGUGAUCUCCAGAAGGUGGAUUGUGCUGCCACCUCAACUGGCAUCUCAAACGGCACCCCAUCUAGUUAUAGCCGUGGGCAUGACAAUGGUUAUUUGAGGCACAGAGGGAAGCACAAAAAGUUUUGGAGAACCCAAGGAACCUCUCUUACUCCAAGUUCAGCUUCACUUUCCUCAAAUAGACUAAGAAGUUAUGAUGUCUACAUUGGUUUUCAUGGUCGCAAACCUUCUUUGCUGAGGUUCACUAAUUGGCUCAGAGCUGAGUUGGAAUUUCAAGGGGUGAGUUGCUUUGUAUCUGACAGAGCUCGGUGUCGGAACUCUCAGAAGCAUGGAAUUGUUGAGAGGGCAAUGGAUGUUUCUUCUUUUGGAGUUAUAAUUAUGACAAGAAAGGCUUUCAAGAAUCCGCACACGAUUGAGGAGCUGCGAUUUUUCUCUGGAAAGAAUAAUUUGGUUCCCAUAUUCUUUGAUUUGGGUCCAGGUGAUUGCCUUGUCAGGGAUAUAGUUGAAAAGAGGGGGGAGCUGUGGGAAAAACAUGGUGGCGAGCUGUGGGUUUUGUAUGGAGGAUUGGAAAAAGAAUGGAAAGAAGCUGUUAAUGGCCUUUCUCGUGUUGAUGAGUGGAAGCUGGAGGCUCAAGAUGGUAACUGGAGAGAUUGUAUAUUCAGGGCUGUCACGCAUCUGGCACUUAGGCUGGGAAGGAGAAGUGUUGUUGAGCGAUUGACAAAGUGGAGAGAGAAGGCUGAUAAGGAGGAGUUUCCUUUUCCUCGACAUGAGAAUUUCAUUGGCAGGAAAAAAGAACUGUCUGAGCUGGAAUUUAUACUUUUUGGUGACACUGAAGAUUCAGAAAGAGAUUAUUUUGAACUCAGGGCUAGACCCUGGCGAAAGAAUUUGACAAUUGGUUGGAGGAGUAAUUCACUUGAGGAAAGGCAGAAGGAACGAAAAAUGGUGAGUGGCUGCCGGAAGGGAAAAGAACCAGUCGUGUGGAAGGAGUCUGAAAAGGAGAUUGAGAUGCAAAGUGCGGAAUUUCCUCCAAGGCAGCAUCAACCACUGAAGUCCAAGAGUGGUGGAAGACAUGGUAGGAGAAAAAGAGCAAUGAAAAUUGUGUAUGGCAAGGGUAUUGCUUGUGUGUCAGGGGACUCAGGCAUUGGCAAGACUGAACUUCUUCUUGAAUUUGCAUACAGAUGUCACCAGAGAUAUAAGAUGGUUUUGUGGGUGGGAGGGGAAAGCAGGUACAUUCGACAGAAUUUUUUAAAUCUCUGGUCCUUUUUAGAGGUUGAUGUUGGGAUUGAGAAUUGCCUGGGGAAAAGCAGGAUAAAGAGUUUUGAGGAGCAGGAAGAAGCAGCUAUCUCUAGAGUGCGAAAAGAAUUCAUGCGAAACAUUCCGUUUUUGUUGGUGAUUGAUAAUUUGGAAAGCGAAAAGGACUGGUGGGAUCAUGAACUCAUAAUGGAUCUUCUUCCCCGUUUUGGUGGGGAGACCCAUGUUAUAAUAUCAACACGCCUUCCUCGGGUGAUGAAUUUGGAGCCUCUGAAACUAUCUUACUUAUCUGGCAUUGAGGCAAUGUCUUUAAUGCAAGGAAGUGUCAAGGACUAUCCACUUUCAGAAGUUGAUGCUCUUAGGGUUAUUGAGGAAAAACUUGGAAGGUUAACCUUAGGUCUUGCAAUCAUCGGAGCAAUUCUAUCUGAGCUUCCAAUUACUCCAAGUAGGCUCUUGGAAACCAUUAAUCGCAUACCUUUGAGGGACUUGGCGUGGGAUGGUAGGGAAGGUCAUAUAUUGAGGUCAAGCACCUUCUUAUUGCAACUUUUUGAGGUUUGCUUUUCAAUAUUUGAUCAUGCAGAUGGACCAAGGAGUUUGGCAACGAGAAUGGUUUUGGCAAGUGGUUGGUUUGCGCCAGCAUCAGUUUCAACUUCCUUAUUAGCUAUAGCUGCCCAUAAACUUCCUGCAAAACACCAACGUGCUCCAUUAUGGAAAAGGAUUUUGUGCUCCAUAACUUGUGCCCUUGUAUCAUCAUACACUAAGAGAUCCGAAGCAGAAGCAUCUUCCAUUUUGUUACGGUUUAAUCUUGCAAGAGUUAGUACCAGGGAAGGUUAUAUCCAUUUUAACGAACUCAUCAGACUUUAUGCUCGCAAGAAAGGAACCACUGGAGUAGCACAAGCCAUGGUUCAAGCUGUCAUUAGUCGUGGGUCUAUUUCCCAGCACUCCGAACAUUUAUGGACUGCCUGUUUCUUGCUCUUUGGAUUCAGAGCUGAUCCUGUAAUUGUUGAGCUAAAGGUGUCAGAGUUGUUAGUUUUUGUAAAGGAAGUGGUUCUACCUUUAGCAAUCUGUACGUUCAUCACAUUCUCCCGUUGUGGUGCUGCUGUAGAACUCCUCCAGCUCUGCACAAAUGCAUUGGAGGCAGCAGAUCAAGAAUUUGUCACCCCCGUUGAGAAAUGGUUGGACAAAUCGCUGUGCUGGAGACCCAUCCAGACUAAUGCUCAGUUGAAUCCUUGCCUUUGGCAGGAGCUGGCACUCUCAAGAGCCUCCGUGCUGGAAACUAGGGCUAAGCUUAUGCUAAGAGGGGGGCUAUUUGAUAUAGCAGAUGAUUUAAUUAGGAAGGCUGUUUUCAUUAGAACUUCAAUCUGUGGUGAAGAUCAUCCAGCCACUGUUUCUGCUCGUGAAACUUUGAGCAAACUCGCUAGGCUUCUCGCAAAUGUUCAAAUUCAUAACUCCGCAUAAAUUAUAAUUUUCUUGCUUUUUUUAAGGUAUCUAAAAUUUUCUUGUAAGAAGAUUUUACGUAGAACUAUACAUAGGUCUGGAAUAAACUUCAGAUAAAUUUUUGAA